AUGAAGAUGGGGUCAGACCAUCCGAUUCCGGAGGCCGGGGCAGAGCCCGGCCCUUGUAUACCGUUAAAACGGACUUUCGACCAAACGGAGUCUACAAUGGAAGAUACUUCGGAGCCCAUUAGGCAAUUAUCGCCCACUUCACCAAUUCCAGGACCGAUAAUUCGUGCAUCUGGCUUACCGGAUCUACCUGAACUGCCAUUGUUAGACUCUGCGUUUGAAUCGGAUAUCAAUCAGUGCAAAGAGAGUAGUUUCGCGUCGCCUUUGCUGGCGCCAAUUCCGGAGGAAACCUCCGAGGACGGCGACGAGGAACCAAACCCAUUGAUGCGUGGAUCAAGUUCCUCAUUUACUGGAGUUGAAUCCUCGACCUCAACGGAUCUGUCGACGCCAUAUUCUUUGCCACCGAGUCGAAUGAACUCAACUGCCAUGUCCGCCCCAGAAGUGGGUCACGAUGGUUUUAAUCUCACUCAAUCAUCUACGCCAGAUCCACCUGGAACCCCUUUAUCACCAGACAAUAACGACGAUAAUGGAGACACGUCAUCCGCACCAUCAACAGCCGAUGAUUCAGACUCGGUCAUCGAUGAUGGAGAAUCAGACAACACAUCCAGCUACACAGCCUCAUUGUUAUCGGAUGUGAAGAACUACGCCUACGAAAAUGGAAGACGUUAUCACUCAUACCGCGAAGGCCACUACGUCCUUCCCAACGACGAACCAGAACAAGACCGACAAGAUCUCCUCCACCACGUCCGGAAUCUCGUGCUAAACGGGCGACUCUUUCGAGCCCCGCUGGACAACAACAUCCAACGCGCUCUCGACAUCGGCACGGGAACCGGAAUCUGGGCCAUCGACUUCGCAGAUAGUUUCCCCGGUGCCGAAGUAACUGGCACCGACCUCAGCCCCAUCCAGCCAUCAUGGGUCCCACCUAACCUCCGCUUCGUGGUGGACGACGCCGAAUCGCAAUGGCUGUACAGUCCAAGCAAACCAUUUGAUUUCAUCCAUGCCCGCGAUCUGGGCGGUGCUAUCGCCGACUGGCCGCGACUGAUGCACCAGAGCUAUGAACAUCUGCGUCCUGGAGGAUGGAUUGAGUUACAGGAGUUCGAAGUAAUGCUCCGGUCAGACGAUGAUUCGAUUCGUCUUGCGCCGGCUUUGUGCGAGUUUCUUGAACGACUGACCCAGGCUAGCGAGGCGUUUCACCGACCUAUGAAUAUCGCCGAAGGUCACCGACAGCGGCUGGUUGAGGCUGGUUUCGAAGAUGUUCGAGAUGAGGUGUACAAGGUUCCAUCGAGUGUUUGGGCUAGGGAUCCCGUACAAAAGGAGAUUGGUCGGUACAACCAAUGCUCCCUUCUCAUGGCGGUGGAAUCCUACUCGCUAGCACUUUUCACUCGUGUGUUGGGGCCGUGCAUGACCCUCUGGACGUCUUUUACUUCCAAUCUCACCAUGCCUUGGGCAACAGGUCCUGGCUUUUGGGGAGCUGCAGGAGCCCUGUUUCUCCUCUGGGUUACCUACAGCAUCAUCUAUACGUUUUUCUGGUCGCCCCUGCGUCACUUCCCCGGUCCAAAGCUAUGGGCGCUAUCUCGUAUCCCGUUGAAUGUCUCCAUCCUCCGUGGCUAUAACCACCUGGACGUUCUGGCGCUGCACAAGAAGUACGGUCCUAUCCUGCGUCUUGGUCCCAAUGAGCUGGCCUUCAGUACAGCACAGGCCUUUCGCGAUAUCUACGGGGCUACACCUGGCGGUUGCUUCCCGAAAGAUCGGAGCCGCUAUGUAGCCCCAGCAAAUGGAGUCGAUCAUUUGGUCUGUGCGGUUGAUAAUGCAACCCACGCAAGACAGAGACGGCUGCUAUCUCAUGCUUUCUCAGAGAAGGCUUUGAGAGAUCAGGAAGGUCUCAUCACAGGUUAUGUUGAUACCUUGAUUACGAAGUUGCAGUCUGAAGUUCGUCGGGGGACAUCCAUCGUCGAUAUCAAAAGUUGGAUGAACUUCACCACUUUUGAUAUCACCGGUGAUCUCAUGUUUGGCGAGUCCUUUGACUGUCUGAAGAACAGCCAGCUUCACCCGUGGAUUAAGUUGAUCUUCACCUCAAUGAAAGCUCUUGCCUAUAUUGGAUCUGCGAAUCAGUUCCCUUUGCUCAAGGGUGUCCUAGACUUCUUUAUUCCACGAGAAGUCAAACGUGUCGGCCAGGAACACUUCGAUCUGAGUGCGCAGAAGGUCGACCGACGCUUGGAGUCAAAUAUGUCUCGUCCGGACUUUAUGUCCGCUAUUCUCAAGCAUGGGCUUAGCGAGGAGAAGAGCCAGUAUCGCGAGAGCGAACGUAUUAUGACACGGGCGGAGAUUCAUUCUAAUGGUUUUAUUCUAAUCGUGGCGGGUAGCGAAACAUCCGCAACCCUAUUAUCUGGCUGUAUCUUCUAUCUGUGUUCAACUCCACACGUCAUGAGCCAACUCGUCGCCGAGAUCCGCUCGACUUUCAAUCAGAACAAGGAUAUGACCUUCCGCGCCGUGGAAGAUCUAAAGUACAUGAAUGCUGUCAUUGAGGAGUCGCUGCGUAUCUACCCACCCCUCGUGACGAAUCUAUUGCGCCUUGUACCGCAAGGUGGAGCGCUUGUGAACGGCCAUUUUAUUCCUGAGGAUACAACCGUGUCAUGUCACCACUAUGCCUCCUACCACUCGGAGUCCAACUUCGCCUUCCCGGAUAAGUUCAUGCCAGAGCGCUGGUUAGGAUCUGAUCCGGUCUUUGAGAAAGAUAAUAAAGAUGUCCUUCAGCCAUUCAGUCUCGGUCCACGCGGCUGCCUUGGGAAACAUCUAGCAAACUGUGAAAUCCGCCUCAUCCUCUGUAAACUACUCUACCACUUUGACAUAAGUCUAUGUCCGGAGAGUAGCAACUGGGCAGACCAGAAAGCCUAUUUCCUUUGGGAUAAGCCGGCUCUCAUGGUUACGCUGAAAGACCGGUUUCCCGACGCGGGUGUAUCGAGUUCUUAG